GCAAGCAAAUACCGCCUUGCGCUCAACGCGUUCAGUACACUUCUGACGCGCGCUUUUUGCGGCCGUCGCAACAACACAGCUACCUCAAUUUUAAUUUUUUUAUAAAACUAUUUAAAUGUAUCAUUUUGCGAAAGUAGCGCGCGCGCGUACGCUUAUCGCCAAAGCGGCCGAGUGACGAGACAACCUAUCUAGCAAGCUAGCGUCGUCGAGUAGAAUAGUAAGGCGUAGACAAGGCGACAAUUAAUCCUAGCAUGCGCCUGUUCGCUACAAUUGGCAUACAUACUAGUGACAGUAGAAGAAGAAGAAAGCAAAAAAGCAAAUAAACUAAGAAUAAUAUAUAGAAAACACAAGUGAAUAAUCGCUUCAAGAUUCCAGGAACCUUCAUUCAAAACGAAAAUAAAGUCUAAAUAAAUGUUAUCACCAGAGAGAUAAUAAAACUAACAAACGUAUGAAAUUAUUAAGAAAUAAAAGAUAUGACAAGUGAUAAAAAACAGUGCUAUAAACAGUUGUGCAAUAAAGCAGAGAAUAGCAAGUAUACGAUGGAGGAAUCCAAAUACUCAUAAAGUGUUUAAAAAGUAGUGCAAAAUACGAGAAUAAAAAAUAUUGAAAAUACUAAUAGUAUUAGCUUAGAGGGGGCGGUUGCUCGCUGAAUGAGCGUUUUUGUACAGCUGUGAACAUGAAAGUCUCAGUUUUGGCGCAGUCUUAAAGCCAAAUUGUCAACAACGAGCGUAAAUAUUAGUUUCAUAACCAAAAAAGCAAAAAAAACGGAAAGAAUUUGCCGUAAAAUACUAUCAGUGAUAACAAGAGUGAGAGCUAGCAACAAACACCAAUAACAAAAACGACGACGAUAAUAACAACAGGAAAAUAGCAAAAAUAUUUAAUUAGCAACCGGCGCAGUAACAACAACAGCAACAAUGGUUAAAGACAGACUACCCGAGCUGCUACAGCGCUCCAAUAGCGUGCUGUCCACCGUCUCUGCCACGAAUGGUACGGCAUUGUUUCAGCGUUCCAGCAAUAGCGAGCUCAAAUUAGCCGAGAUGAGUGCACCCAUGGACGCGAUACUCAAUCCGUAUUCGGAGAUACGAGUACAAUUGGCACAAAUCUCUGCGAAUUUGGAGACAAUGAGUCGAAUGGUGCAAACAAUAAAUAUACGUAAUUUUAAUGAAAAGGAAAUGGAUGAACUGCGCACACAAAAUUUAAAAAUGGGCAAUCAGCUGAUGAACAAAUUCAGAGAAUUCAAAGCGAAUAUGCCGCCCGAGAAUGAUUUCACAUUGGAGGCGCGCAUGAAGCGCACACUUUUCUACGGGCUCUAUCAGAGUUACAUACAAAUAUGGACGAAAAACGAAGAGUUCCUGCAAUUGUAUGAGCGCAAGCUAAAGAAAAAUCUGGAAAUGCAUUCGAAAAUCAUGAACUGCAAUUCCACCGAAGAAGAAAUUGAAGAACUGAUAGCAAAUAAGACGACGAAUCUGUUUGUUGGCAAUAUUCUAGAAGAGACCGAAAAUGAACGACGCACACUCCGCGAUUUGAUGGAUCGUUUCAAUGAACUCAAGAAAUUGGAAAAGUCCAUUGAAGAUGUGCAUGCCUUAUUCCUGCGUAUACAAACACUCGUAAUGGAACAGAGUGAAACGAUAAAUCGCGUUGAAUUUGUUGCACAGCAAGCGACGCAUUUCGUUGAUAAAGGUCAGAAUAAGCUGCAGAAAGCAGAGUCACUGAAAAAGAAAGCUUUAAAGAAGAAGUUUUGGCUUAUCGGCAUCGCGAUGGCUGUGUUAAUUGUAUUAAUAUUAAUUGGUAUAUAUUUAUGAUCGAAAAACAAAUAUAUUUAUAAUAAAAUAAAUUCAAACCGCA